AUGGGAAGCACCGUAAGCACUAGCAGCACCCCUAACAACAUAUCAAGAACCGACGUGUCCAAGAGUCCCAACGGCGAUGACCAAACUGUUGUAUACUCAACUCCAAAUUCAGAUACUUGCACCAUUCGCGCAACCCUCGGAGUAGAAACCGCAAGUGUCACCCUCAAGGACUAUACUUUUGAUAAAGAAGGAACCAGAGUAAACAUCAAGGUUGGCCGUCAGAUCGGCACCGUUGAUCUCACAUACGGUGGCAAAGCCUUAGACGUCCGCAAAGACGCGGGACAGUUUAGCAUCGGGUAUGGAGUUCCAUGGGUUAGAUGUGGUUUUCUUGUUGCUUCAAAGCAUAAGGAUACACAUAGUAGUGAUGCUUUGUUUGUGACACACAUGUACGCAGAAGAAAAGUGGUGUAUUAUGGUUGUGUUUAAGGUUUGGUAUGAUGUUGGAAAAGGUUGUUUUAUGUGUUUGUUAACGGGUCCUUCACGACACACUUCACCUUUAGAGGCUGUAGUAGCUAUGAGGAAAGCUUAUUCUCAUGUUUCUUCCGGCGCAGGUGAUUCUUCUACUGACGGCGGCAACCGGACGAACAUUACUGGUCUUAUAAAUAAUACCGGGGGACCUGUAUAUGGUACUCUCAAUGGUUCCAUUGUCAAUUUUUUUAAUGUCUAUAUGAACAACAAAUGA